AUGUCACUGAGUCGGUUGAAUGGAGGGCUAUUUCUGUUAUUUAAUCAAAAUUCAUCAAAUAAGAGUGCACCAAAGCUGAAAUGCAUGACUCGAAGGGCUCAUGAAAAUAUAAUUCAGAUCUCGGGUUCUUUCUCAGGCAUCACACGGGAUAAUGGCCAUAUUGUGAUUUUGGUGGGGGACUGGGGCAGGUAUAUAAAGUGGGUGGAAGAGACGAAGGAGCCACAACUAGUCGUACCUACUAAGCGCUACCAACUUUCCAUCAUGAUGCUCAAGGCUCUUUUGUGUGCAUGCCUCGUGCUUGGGGUAUUAAGCGAGGAAAAGAAGGCUACUUCAGACAGGGAUAAGCGCGGGUUUGCUGGAGGCCAUGGCGGAGGUUACGGCGGCGGCUACGGUGGUGGUCACGGAGGUGGUGGCAGCUACCUAGUGGUAGGUGGCGGCGGCGGCGGUGGUCAUGGCCCCAGCGCCGCCGAUGUAGCAAACGAUGCUGCCAAUCAGGCUACUGCUGCUGCCGCAGGUUUAGGAGGAGCAGCCCACGCUGCAGCCGCAGGAGCCGCAGCAGGUGCCGCAGCAGCCGCUAAUGCUGCUUCACAAACGGCCCAAGCUGCGGCAGCCAGCAAGCAGGCCCAGGCAGCUCAGGUGACGCAGGCGGCACAAGGAGCUCAGGCCGCAGCCUUCGCUGAAGGUUCUCUGGCUUCUAAGGCUAAUAUCGCCUAUCAAGCUGCCAAGGUAACCGCCUCUAUGGCCAACAGUCUUGCUGCCAAUAUCGCUCAGAUCCUGGCAGAGGCCAAGGCUCUGGCCAACCAGGCGGCCAACAGUUUGGCCGAGCAGCAGAACUUCCUGGCGGCUCAGAGGACCAUGGCCUGGCAGGCUCAGCAGGCUGCCAAUUCCCUCAACCAGCAGCAGUACGUGGCGCUCAACGACCUGGAAGAUGCUGCAGGUGCGGCUGCCCAGGCUCAGGCCUCAGCAACCAAGGCCAUCUCCAGGGCCAAGGGCAGCAGCGGACACGGAUACGGGCGCUAAGAUAUACGUAGUCUUAAUUAUCUUAAGGUCGAAGGCUUAAGUUACAAUUUAUUGAUGCGAAGUAUUACAUAUUAAA